AUGGGUUCAAUUGCCACCAAAGAUUCUCUGUUCGAGUCCCUCCGCCUGGGAGCGCUCCCGCUCAAGCACCGUGUCAUCCUAGCACCAUGCACACGAAUGAGAGCGUCAAAGGAGUCGGAGGGUGUAUAUGUGCCCAAUGAUCUCAAUGUCGAGUAUUAUUCGCAACGUGCUUCUGAUGGAGGAUUUAUGUUGACAGAAGCUACUCCCAUUAGCAGACAUGCUGCUGGAUACCCAGGAGUCCCUGGAAUCUUUACCCCCUCACAGAUUGCGGGCUGGAAGAAGGUUACCGAUGCAGUGCACGCCAAGGGUGCCUUUAUUUACUGUCAACUAUGGCAUGUCGGUCGUGCGACUGUCUCUUCUUUCAUUGAAGGAAGAGAUGUCCUUGGUGCUAGUGAAAUUCCCAUUGCUGGGAAUGCACUGGAUGGUAGCGAGUAUGCAGCUUCGCCACCGCGUCCUAUGACCACUGAGGAAAUUCAAGAAACCGUGAAGGAAUAUAUUGCCGCGGCGAAGCGAGCCCGUGAAGCUGGGUUUGAUGGAGUCGAGAUUCAUGGCGCAAAUGGUUACCUCCUUGAUCAAUUCCUCCAUGACAAUGUCAACACCCGCACCGAUGAAUACGGCGGAAGCAUCGAGAAGCGAUCGCGUCUUGUACUGGAGGUCAUCGAAGCAAUCACCGCCGCCAUUGGUGCCGACCGAGUUGGUAUUCGCCUGUCACCAUACAACUAUUUCCAGGAUACACGCGAUUCCAACCCCAAUGUGCACUGGGCCAAGCUAUGUUCAAUGAUCGCCAGCCUUCCAGAGGAGUCCCGACCGGCAUAUGUGCACAUGGUCGAGCCACGUUUCGAUGAAGUCCUCGAUGAAAAGGCCAAGAUUGAAUCCCUUGCCACGGAGAAGCCUUCGCUGGAUGUAUUCCGGCCGACGCUGAAGAAGGGGGGAAUCUCAUUCCUUGCAGCUGGAAACUUCAACCCCGAGAAUGCGGGUACAAAACUGGUGGCUGAUGGCGCUGAUGCGGUUGUAUUUGGUCGUUAUUUCAUCUCGAACCCUGAUCUGCCGCGUCGCUUGAAGGAGGGCUUGCCUUUGACUCCGUAUGACCGGACGACUUUCUAUGGCGCUGAGCCUGCUGAGAAGGGAUAUACCGACUACCCAUUCUAUAGUGCAUAG